GAAAAAAUAUUUGGCCGCAUAUAGCAAGUUAGAACCUUUCAAAAACCCUAAAAUUAUACCACUGUGAUAAACCCUAACUCGAAUAAUAAAAAAUUAAUAACAAAGAAAAAAAAAAGUUAAGAAUGAUGAAUUCAGUGGCAACCAAGACAAGAUCAUCGUUACUCGAAUUUCUCCCUUUCCUCAAAUCCCACAACAACAACUGGUUGUCACUACGAGUUAAUAAUGGUGGCGUGCAAAAAAGAAUGUUUUCUGCUGGGGGCAUUGGCAAUGAUGAUGAGAAUGAUGAUGAUGUUGAUGACAUUGUUGGUGAAAAACCAGAGCUAGAAAUGCAAGGCGUUGAUCCCCGAAAGGGUUGGGGUUUUCGCGGUGUUCAUAAGGCAAUUAUAUGUGGAAAGAUUGGGCAACCACCUAUGCAAAAGAUCUUGAGGAAUGGCAAAACAGUCACUAUCUUUACAGUUGGCACAGGAGGCAUGUUUGAUCAAAGAACAAUUGGAGCUAAAGACUUGCCAAAACCGGCUCAAUGGCAUCGUAUUGCUGUGCACAAUGAAUAUCUUGGUGCAUAUGCAGUUCAACAAUUUGUCAAAAACUCCUCAGUUUAUGUAGAAGGUGAUAUCGAAACAAGAGUCUACAAUGAUAGUAUCAACGGUGAAGUUAAAAACAUACCGGAGAUCUGCAUUCGUCGGGAUGGAAAGAUUCGGCUCUUUAAAACAGGAGAAAGCAUCAACAGCAUUUCCUUUGAUGAACUACGUGAAGGAUUGAUUUAAUAGAUUGUCAACUGGCAUACGAAGAUCAUCUAAUUGAUUAAGGAUCAUCAAACCAAACCAGGGAAAGCUUACGAAUAACCAAAAAGCAGAUAACCGAUGUUUUUGAGACAUAUUUUACGUCUGCAUGGUGAUGGUGUUUAUUUUUUGGUUUGGAAUAUUAUUGCUUUUAAGAGUUGUCCUUUUACAUUGUGUUCGUAUUCUAUUUCUAUUAUUCCAUUCAUUACCUAA